CUGGUUUCUGAGGGUUUGGUAAUGAGCGAGCGCCAGGCACUUCCCGGCGCUUCCGUGCAGGCCCCGAGCGUUGGCUGGGCCGUAGAAAGGACUCUCCCAGCUGAGCGUUUCAAGUGGAGAGCGACCCUAUCUACCUGCGGAUUCCUGCGGGCGUCUCCGCCCUUCUGCUGGUCUAUUGCCGGAGCUCUGGCCUGACACCCGGCCUCGAGCCGGGCGCCCAGGGGGGCGGGGGCGAUGGUACAGAUGGAAACGCAACUACAGAGCAUUUUUGAGGAGGUGGUGAAAACAGAAAUUAUAGAAGAGGCUUUCCCUGGAAUGUUUAUGGAUACCCCUGAAGAUGAAAAAACAAAACUAAUUAGCUGUUUGGGGGCCUUCAGACAGUUUUGGGGUGGUCUUCCUCAGGAAUCACAUGAACAAUGCAUCCAGUGGAUUGUUAAAUUCAUUCAUGGCCAGCAUAGUCCUAAAAGAAUUUCUUUUCUUUAUGACUGCUUAGCAAUGGCAGUCGAGACUGGUCUCCUUCCACCCAGGAUGGUUUGUGAAUCCUUAAUAAAUUCUGAUACUCUUGAAUGGGAAAGAACACAGCUUUGGGCCUUAACAUUUAAACUGGUUCGGAAAAUAAUUGGUGGAGUGGAUUAUAAGGGUGUUCGAGAUCUCUUAAAAGCAAUUUUAGAGAAAAUCUUGACAAUUCCUAAUACAGUGAGCUCAGCUGUUGUACAGCAGCUUCUAACAGCAAGAGAGGUUAUAGCAUAUAUCUUGGAAAGAAAUGCCUGUUUGUUACCAGCCUAUUUUGCAGUCACAGAGAUCAGAAAACUAUAUCCUGAGGGAAAACUUCCACACUGGUUACUUGGAAACCUGGUAUCAGACUUUGUGGAUACCUUCAGGCCCACAGCAAGGAUAAACUCCAUUUGUGGCCGCUGCAGCCUUCUGCCAGUUGUAAAUAACUCAGGUGCCAUUUGUAAUUCAUGGAAAUUGGAUCCUGCAACUCUUCGUUUUCCUUUGAAAGGCCUUUUGCCAUAUGAUAAGGAUCUGUUUGAACCACAGACUGCUUUGUUGAGAUAUGUAUUGGAGCAGCCUUAUUCCAGGGAUAUGGUCUGCAAUAUGCUAGGUUUAAAUAAGCAGACCUUGAACAUUGCUCAGCAUAAGCAGCGCUGCCCUGUGCUGGAGGACCAGCUGGUGGACCUGGUGGUCUAUGCCAUGGAGCGAUCUGAGACUGAGGAGAAGUUUGAUGAUGGGGGAACAAGUCAACUCCUGUGGCAGCAUCUCUCAAGUCAGCUCAUUUUCUUUGUGCUUUUCCAGUUUGCAAGUUUUCCACAUAUGGUUCUGUCUCUCCAUCAGAAGUUAGCAGGGCGAGGACUGAUUAAAGGCAGAGAUCAUCUAAUGUGGGUUCUCCUGCAAUUCAUUUCCGGAAGUAUUCAGAAAAACGCACUAGCUGAUUUUCUCCCUGUCAUGAAACUCUUUGACCUUCUGUACCCAGAAAAAGAAUGUAUUCCAGUUCCUGAUAUUAACAAACCUCAGUCAACUCAUGCCUUUGCAAUGACUUGCAUUUGGAUUCAUCUUAAUAGAAAAGCCCAAAACGACAACUCCAAGCUACAAAUUCCAAUACCUCAUUCCCUAAACCUUCACCAUGAGUUCCUACAGCAGAGUCUUAGAAAUAAAAGUUUACAGAUGAAUGACUAUAAGAUUGCCCUGCUGUGUAAUGCAUACUCUACAAAUUCAGAAUGUUUUACGUUACCCAUGGGAGCUCUGGUAGAAACUAUUUAUGGAAAUGGAAUUAUGAGGAUACCUCUUCCUGGAACAAGCUGUUUGGCUUCAGCAUCUAUCACUCCCUUACCAAUGAACCUCCUGGAUUCACUGACGGUUCAUGCCAAAAUGAGCCUUAUCCACAGCAUUGCUACCAGAGUGAUAAAACUUGCUCAUGCAAAGUCCAGUGUGGCCUUGGCUCCAGCCCUCGUGGAAACGUACAGUCGCUUAUUGGUCUAUAUGGAAAUAGAGUCUUUGGGCAUCAAAGGAUUCAUCAGUCAGCUUUUGCCAACUGUUUUCAAGUCUCACGCCUGGGGGAUCUUACACACACUCCUUGAGAUGUUCAGCUACCGGAUGCACCACAUUCAGCCUCAUUACAGAGUUCAACUCUUGAGUCAUCUCCAUACUUUGGCUGCAGUUGCCCAGACAAACCAGAACCAGCUCCAUCUCUGUGUUGAGAGCACUGCACUUAGGCUUAUAACAGCAUUAGGUAGCUCCGAGGUACAGCCACAGUUUACACGCUUCCUUAGUGAUCCCAAAACAGUGCUGUCUGCGGAAUCUGAAGAACUGAACCGAGCCUUGAUAUUGACAUUAGCCAGAGCAACUCACGUAACAGAUUUUUUUACAGGCUCAGAUUCAAUCCAGGGAACUUGGUGUAAAGACAUACUUCAGACCAUCAUGAGUUUUACUCCUCAUAAUUGGGCUUCACAUACUCUUAGUUGUUUUCCGGGCCCACUACAGGCAUUCUUCAAGCAAAAUAAUGUACCUCAGGAAAGUCGUUUUAAUCUGAAAAAAAAUGUGGAGGAGGAGUAUCGGAAGUGGAAGUCAAUGAGCAAUGAAAAUAACAUCAUUACCCACUUUUCUAAUCAAGGCUCUCCUCUCUUUCUUUGUCUCCUCUGGAAAAUGCUCUUGGAAACAGAUCAUAUUAAUCAGAUUGGCUAUAGAGUGUUAGAAAGAAUUGGAGCCAGAGCCUUAGUAGCCCACGUGAGAACGUUUGCGGAUUUCCUGGUAUAUGAGUUCUCCACAUCCGCUGGGGGUCAGCAGCUCAACAAAUGCAUUGAAAUUCUUAAUGACAUGGUGUGGAAGUACAACAUUGUUACAUUGGACAGACUAAUUCUCUGCUUGGCCAUGCGUAGUCACGAAGGAAAUGAAGCCCAGGUUUGUUAUUUCAUAAUUCAGUUGCUGUUACUCAAACCAAAUGAUUUUAGAAACCGAGUAAGCGACUUUGUGAAGGAAAAUUCCCCAGAGCACUGGCUGCAGAAUGAUUGGCACACCAAGCACAUGAAUUAUCACAAGAAAUAUCCAGAGAAGCUGUAUUUCGAGGGCCUGGCAGAGCAGGUCGACCCCCCUGUGCAGAUCCAGUCCCCCUAUCUGCCCAUCUAUUUUGGAAAUGUGUGUCUUCGGUUCCUUCCAGUGUUUGAUAUAGUCAUCCACAGAUUUUUAGAGUUGCUGCCAGUAUCCAAGUCACUGGAGACUCUACUAGAUCACCUAGGGGGGUUAUAUAAAUUUCAUGAUCGUCCAGUGACUUAUUUGUAUAAUACUCUGCACUAUUAUGAAAAGCACCUGAGAGAUCGCACAUUUCUCAAACGAAAACUUGUCCAUGCGAUCAUUGGCUCACUCAAGGAUAAUCGACCGCAGGGUUGGUGUCUAAGUGACACUUACCUGAAAUGUGCUAUGAACGCACGAGAAGACAAUCCUUGGGUCCCAGAUGACACCUACUAUUGCAGAUUGAUUGGCAGACUAGUAGAUACGAUGGCUGGCAAAUCUCCUGGUCCAUUUCCAAACUGUGACUGGAGAUUCAAUGAGUUUCCCAACCCAGCUGCCCAUGCUCUGCAUGUUACUUGUGUGGAACUCAUGGCCUUAGCUGUUUCAGGCAAAGAAGUUGGAAAUGCUCUUCUAAAUGUUGUGCUGAAAAGCCAGCCUUUAGUACCAAGAGAGAACAUUACAGCAUGGAUGAAUGCAAUUGGAUUGAUCAUCACUGCUCUACCAGAGCCAUAUUGGAUUGUCCUUCACGAUCAAAUUGUGAGUGUUAUCAGCAGCCCCAGCCUGACGUCUGAAACAGAGUGGGUCGGCUAUCCAUUCCGCCUGUUUGACUUCACUGCUUGUCAUCAGUCCUACUCUGAGAUGAGCUGUAGCUAUACAUUAGCUCUAGCACAUGCUGUGUGGCACCAUUCCAGCAUCGGGCAGCUUUCUCUCAUUCCCAAGUUUCUCACUGAAGUACUUCUUCCUAUAGUAAAGACUGAAUUCCAGUUGCUUUAUGUGUACCAUCUUGUGGGACCAUUUUUACAAAGAUUUCAACAAGAGAGAACUCGAUGUAUGAUAGAGAUUGGUGUGGCAUUUUACGACAUGUUGCUGAAUGUAGACCAGUGUAGCGCCCACUUAAAUUACAUGGAUCCCAUCUGUGACUUCCUGUAUCAUAUGAAGUAUAUGUUUACUGGUGACAGCAUAAAAGAGCAAGUAGAGAAGAUCAUCUGUAAUUUAAAACCAGCUUUAAAACUUCGUCUUCGAUUUAUCACACACAUUAGCAAGAUGGAACCAGCCACAGUACCCCCACAAGCCAUAAAUAGUGGGUCUCCAGCACCUCAGUCUAAUCAGGUGCCAGUGUCUUUACCAGUGACUCAGUGAGAUCAGGCGGUACUGUGGUGAAAUGGAAACACAUCGUCUUGGAAAGUGGACUCAAGUCUAUUAAAUCUGAACAUGGUCAUGCUACACAGUGAUAUAGUAGAAGCAGUGACGUUCAGAUUAUUUCAUUUGGUUGGCCCAAAAGUCCAUUUGGUUUUUUCCAUUAGAUGGCUCUAAUAUGUCUUAGUUGUCUUUAACUUCAUUCAAAACAAUUUUGUUAGAUUGUAUUGUGACAGCUGUCGUCUCAGCGUGCAUUUACAAAAAAUUUAUCAAAAUUAGUGAAAUUUUGUGUAGCCAUUUUAAUACGGAAGAUGGAGGAAAAUACACAACAUUUUCAGCCUAUUAUGCUUUAUUAUUUAAAGAAAGGUACAAACACAACAAUGCAAAAAAAGGUUUGUGUAGUGUUUGGAGAAGGUGCUGUGACUGAUCAAACAUGUCAAAAGUGGUUUGCGAAGUUAUGUGCUGGAGAUUUCUUGCUGGACUAUGCUCCACAGUUAGAUAGACCAGUUGAAAUUGAUAGCAAUCAAAUUGAGACAUUAAUUGAGAAAUAUCAAUGCUAUACCAUAUGGGAGAUAGCUGACAUAACUCAAAAUAUCCAGAUCAAUAAAGUUAUUAGUGAAAAUGAAAAUUGUCUUUUAUUUUAUGGAAAAAACCAUGGCAACUUUCUGGCCAACCCAAUAUUUUGAUUCAAAUAGUGAAUCUGUUGACACCUUGUAACUCCCAUCUCCCUGUCUAUACUUACGUCUCUAAGAGAUCGAGUAAACUAGACAUUGUUGGUGUCCAUAACUGUUUAUUAGAGCUGCCUAGGAACAUCAAGGUAUCUGUGAUCAAGAUUUUAUUAGAUAACUCUCAGUCUUUCUUAUUCUAGCCAUGGGUUUUGUUUUUAUAUUUUUUAUUAAUGUCAUUCAGCCUUCAAAUACAUUGUUUUAAAGGCACCACACAUGUAGAACAGUUAUUAUAUACCCUUUUAUACGUAAAUCUAUUUUGUCUGUCUUUGAUAUAAGAGAUUUUUGUCAUGUAAAGAACUAAGGAUUUCAUUGCAUUGCAGGAGUAAACACAGUUUCAUAUUCUUUUUAAAUGGCUUAAAAUUUUUAUCAUAGAUUUCCAAGUAAAUGAGCUAAUGUUCCUAAUUGAGGUAGAUUAGCAAAUUUAUGCCUUUGCUGUGGACUUGAACUUAACUGUAGGAAAUGAGUUGGAAGCAAUGUAAGUAAAUAGCAUAGCUAGAAAUGCAUAAACUUAAUAAUUCAUGCUUAAAUGGUGAUUCUUCAAUCUCUGUUUUUAAAAAUACAUUAAUUGCUUUUCCAGGUUGACACUCACCUGGCAGAUGAUGUGAUUCUUUGCAUUUUUCUAAUCUUAACAUUUUUAAAUAUUUAUUUUUUAAAUGCAGUGUACAAUUUUGUUCAAGGUUUAUUAAAUUUUGAGGAACUUAAUGUCAAUUCUGGGGGGAAAUUGCCUUAAGAUUGUAAAAGAUUUCAAAGUAAUUAGUAAAAUCUGUUAAAUGAAUAAA